GGAAGUCUUACUGUGUUUAUGAAGCUCUCCAUACACAUGUUAGUGCAGCUAACAAGAGGAUAGUGGUUCUGUUUAGUUGGAAAGCCAUUACCAGCAAUACGACAUGAAGAAGAGGUUUAACAUCAACCUAGACGACACGGCAUUUGUCAAAGAAAGAACCCCGCCCAGGCCGCAGUUUCAACCUUCAUUCAAAGGAGGCGAAAACACCUCCGGCUCUGCUGCAUCCUCAGCGAAGGCUGCUUCUGAGCCCGUGGAGCGGCCCUUCUCCUAUGCAGAUUACAUCGUGCAGAGCAAACGCACCGUGGCUGCUCCUGCUCAGACAGAACGCUGCUCCAAACUGCUCCAAAAGUCAUUGUGUGAGUCGGAUCCAGUGUCCUCUGCAUCGGGUAGAUGUGAAGGUGAAGGUGGAUCUGAAGGAGAUAAGAAGAGCGAGGACCCGCAGGUGACCGGCACACACCAGAAAGAGGGCAACGGUCACCCGAGGUCAGAUCCAAGUCCGAGCCUGGGUCCAAAACCAGUAGGAUCUGGAAGCAGCAUUAUUGUCAGUCCUCGACAGAGGGGGAAUCCUAUUCUGAAGUUUGUGAGGACUGUCCCUUGGGAGUUUGGAGAUGUUGCACCAGAUUAUGUCUUGGGUCAGACAACUUGUGCUCUCUUCCUCAGCCUGAGGUAUCACAAUCUCAAUCCAAACUAUAUCCAUGACCGUCUGAAGCAGCUUGGACAUACUUUUAUCCUGCGAGUCUUACUGGUACAAGUAGAUGUGAAAGAUCCUCAUCAUACGUUGAAGGAGCUCGCUCGCAUCUGUAUCAUGGCUGACUGCACUCUCAUCUUGGCUUGGAGUCCAGAGGAAGCGGGUCGUUACCUGGAAACAUACAAGUCAUACGAAAAGAAACCUGCAGACUUAUUGAAGGAGCAGGUUGAGAAAAACUACCUGUCAAAAGUAACUGAUUGCCUGACCACUGUGAAGUCUAUAAACAAAACCGAUGCCAUUACCUUGCUGUCCACUUUCUCAUCUGUAGAAGGAAUCAUCAAUGCCUCUAAGGAAGACUUGGUUCUCUGUCCAGGCCUCGGACCCCAAAAAGCACGGCGACUCCACGAUGUGCUCCACAAGCCCUUCCUCAAGUCAAAGACAAAAGACAGCUGAAGCUUCUUCCCAAGGAAUGCAAAGACACGCAGUGUUCAGAGGACUAAAAUUAUUCUAUAAACGCUCCUGCUCUAUUAAGGGGAAGGUCGAACGGGGUGCCUCUUAGACUGACAAUCAGCUACGGGUGUUUAGCUGUUAGAGCUAUACGCUGAUUCAAUGCUGUAUUGAGCUAAGAUUAAUGUCGUUUUUUUAUUGCUUAAUUAAUUUUGUAUAAUAAUAAUAAAUAUGUUGUAAUAUUUGUA